AUGGCAACACAUGCGAAACAAUACAUCCAGCUCGCAGAGCAGCUGCCCCCUCGGCUAAGCCGAUUCUUCGCGCGCUACCCGCCACAAGCCAUCGUCUCCUCAUCCACCUCCUCAUCCACCUCCUCGAGCCCACCUCCUGCCGUCGACUCGAGCACUCCCAUUGCGGCUACCGUCCCAACUCCGGCGGCAGGACAGGAUGGAUUGACGGUGCCCUCCCCGUUUCGGGCGCAGAAGAACCCCAUCACUGGUAAAUGGCACGACCCGGUGUUCUCGCUGCGGCGACAGGCGGACCUGCUGAAGCUGGCACGAUUACAUGGCGUGGAGGAGCUGAUGCCGUUCUCGGUCAAGAGCACGGAGGAGAGGCUGCGGAAGAGGAUGGAGAACGGGCUGAGGGUCAAGGGGACGGGGAUUGGGCAGCGGGUCAAGGGGAAAGAGUCGGAGAGGACGCUGAAGGGACGGUUGGAGAAGCGCAGACAGGCUAUGCUGGAGAUGCCACAGAUGAUCCAGACGUGGAAGGAGAGAGGUCACGGUCGUGGAUGGAAGAAGUGGCCGAAAUAG